AUGUCAGCGAAAAAAUGGGCGAUCGCAACUCGCUUCGCCAAGCUCUCGAACGAGCUCAAGACGAAUGUGUACAACGACCUCGGGAUACAGAAGCUUGCCAAAGCAGAAAUUAUCAAUGAAGAACUUACCAACGACAUUUUGAAGCGGCUAUCACCGUACCUCCAGCAAAACACCCCAGUCGACAUCCUCGAUCUAUGGCCUUCCUCGGGAGUUUUCUCCUCUCAAGUCAACAAAUAUCUCAAACCUCGUCGCCAUUUACUCGUUGAACCGAACAAGAAAAAUUACGGAAAAAGCCUGAAGCGGCUUGUCAAGGGCGGAGGAGGGUACGAGAUGGUCUCCCUGGAUCCCUAUUCAUUAUAUGAUUGGAGCGAGGUGUUCGCCAAACAUCUACCCGAACAGGGGCCUCCAAAUACAGAAGGCCAAGUGUUGCCCAGAAACGACACACUGCUUGUCUUGGCCAACAUACCUGAGCAGCGCAGCAUAAGAGACCAUUUUACACCGUCGCGAUGGUGGAGCGUAAUGAUGGAGAGUUGUUUGAACCAGAGAGGAGUGCAUAUGUAUGGCAGUGUUAGAAUACUGGCCUCACUUCCGGGUAACAGCAAAUGCAGCGUUCUCCCGCGCACCGUCAUAGACCGCAGACGGACAUCCAUGUUGACGGAGACCGUGGCACAGCACGCGUUUGAAGUGGCUAGCACCUACGAGAACGAAACCUGGCAGAGCUUAAAGCACUGGGAUAAUCUCGUGCUCAACAGGGAGCGAGUCGCUGAGCGAACCGCUGCAAACAACAUCAUCACCCCAGCUGGUCGGGAGAUACCUCCACUCGAAUUGGCACCAAAGAGUCCCCGACCAGGAAAGCUCUCGCAGAUGUACAUGCUUCGACCACGCGUGGAAUGGCAUGACACUGUGAUGGACCGUAUUGCCAAGGAGUCGAGCACGAACAAGGUCGUCAGACGGGAUGCACAAGUCGCUUUAUACUCUCUGAACCUCGACAAUAAACAGGCGUGGUGGUGCCACCACGUCGCAAAAAUCGAACUCGAAGAGGACGAAGCUAGUCGGAGUUUGGCACGCAUAGCUGCCGACACCAGCAAGUAUCCGGAAGAGCUCGAGAGGGCUGAUAAACGAUCUGCGGGAAUGCGGGAUACUGUUGAGAAAUUGCUCCAAGGCACCCAUCACCGCGUGAUGAGGGGUCAUGACCGCGUAGCAGACGAUGGCCGUGUCUUGAAUGACGCCGGCUCUUUCGACAACUCUAUGCUCAUCCACGACCGGCGGCCAUUCGAAGCGCUGCGUAUUCACCCGGAUGACCAGUUCCCUCGUCUGCCGCGAACCAUUGUCUACUUUGAAGCAGAUCCCAACCCCCCUGUGGUACAGAAACUCAGUCAGCUCUCAGACGAGAAGCGCGUCGAGCUGGUCGAGCUCUUCGACACCCUCUCGUCGAUUUCCAGCACUCGCGACCAACUGAAUUUGGCUGAGCUUUACAACUUCAUCUUCCCCUUACGAACAGCCAACGAAAUCGUCAAGGAGUUCCCAAUCCUCGCCAAGUACGCCAUGAAGCGAUUAAAGCCAGGUUACGGCACCAUGCCGCUGCCGGACCCUACAUUGGAUCCGAACGAUUGUUUCCAAGAGAACAUCGACUACGAUCUCUCUUAUGCACGGAUAAGGAGGCUGCCAGUCUCUCUUAUCUGGGACAUUCUUCUCCAGUAUCAAAACAGCGGGCCGGAUGUUUCUCCGAUGCAAUUCAAUCGACUGCUCGGAGGUACUCUGACCGGGGCCGUGACCGGGGGUUCAUCGGGGCAUGCCCUCAAACUGCGCUAA